AUGGUCUUGAGGGCCCAGAAAUCCAAGACCCAAUCUCUGGUCUGUCAGCUCUGUCGUCAAACAGGGUCUCCUAGUCCCGUACCUCGCCCACUACUUUCUCGGACCUAUGCCUCAAAAACCACCAGCCCGGCACUCUCAAGCGUGCAUCGCGAGCGAUUCCAGUCAAGACAAUCCUCGUGGACUCAUGCGAACCAAAUCUCGAAGCGCUUCAACUCGAGCCAAGCAGAACAACCCACAAGACUGCAAUUGGAUGAAGCCAUUGCCCAGAUUGCCGAAGAAUGCUCCAACCUCUGCCAGGCAGACGCCGUGCCCGCCAACGACGCCGUCAAGCAACUGCUGCAGAGAAGCGAGAAGAUCGCCGAGACAAUCGCACAACCCACGAAAGCCCAACCAAAGCAGGAACCGGAUGAGUUCUCGUCUCUGUUAGACCUGGACGAACCGGCAACGGCCGCGGAGAAACCGCAGCCACGACCCAAGCUAAGCCGCAAGCAGCUAUCCAAGCAGCUGUGCCAGGCGAUCCACGGCCUGCUGACCGACGAGAAGGUGUUCAUCUCCCCCGAAGCCCUCGCUUCCUACACCAAGAUCCACGUCCUGCUCCAGCAGCCCCACCACUUCCCCGAGAUCUUCCACCUGUACGCCAACAAGCCGAUCCCGGAGGAGAAGAGUUCGCCCGUGCGCUUCAGCAAGGCGAACCCCAACAGCAUCAACAGCGCCAUCCCCGUGGAGCUGGCCAACUCGGCGCUGGACGUCGCCAUCGCUCAGCGGAACCUCUCUCUCGUCCUGGCGAUCAUCGACACCACAUUCUCCACCGCGGCGUUCCGCCGCGCCAAGGCCUACAAGAAGGCCGCGCUGCCGCUGGGUGGGCUGAGUGCCGCCCCGGUGGCCUGCUACAUCCUUGCGACCUGGGCCGGGAGCCUGCAGAACACGAUGGACCCCAGCACGGCGACGGGCAUCGCCUUCGCGGCGGGGCUGGCGUACAUGGGCGGUGUCACGUCGGUCGGGUUGUUGGCCAUCACCACCGCGAAUGAUCAGAUGGAGCGCGUGACCUGGCAGCCGGGAGUCCCGCUGCGGCACCGGUGGCUCCGUGAGGAGGAGCGGGCGGCGUUCGAUAAGGUUGCGCUUGCCUGGGGUUUCAAGGAUGUUUACUUGAGAGGUGAAGAGGAAGGAGAGGAGUGGGAAAGUCUUCGCGAAUUUAUCGGCAUGAGGGGGAUGAUCUUGGACCGGACGGAUCUGAUGGAGGGUAUGCAAUAA